AUGGGUGAGGUGGAAGCAGGGGACUAUGAACUGUUCAAACAAGCCCUGCUGUGCGAGUUUGAACUGACCUCCGAGGCGUACAGGAAAAGGUUCCGGAGUGUGCAGAAGACCCAGGGGAUGACCUAUCUGGAACUGGUCACGCGGAUGGGGGAAAUACACCCACAAAGGCCGAAGGACCUGAGCCACACAGGGCUGCUAGCUGAUGAGUUUGUAGACAGCAGGAAAGACACAACAAUCUACAUAGGAGCCUCAACAAACUCCAGGCUCAAGGUUCCACACAAAGAAAAGGACUGUAUAGACAUCAUCACGACCUCCAGGUGUUUGCUGCAUGUUUGCCUCACACUGCUCUUCUCCAUUGAAAUCUCAUCUCAGCUCUGUACCAUGCUUCACUUCCAGCAGAACAAAGUGAACAAAGAGAGCUUGGAGCUUCUGAAGAAAAUGAGCGGAAUUUUCCCCUCACAAUGCAUACGUGAAAGGACAGCUUUCAAACCCACCCAGGAAGUUUCCCAACUCCCACUGUUCCAGAAGGAUAAUGCCAAGAUGGCAAUGCAAGAGAUCCUCCAAGAGAUCUUCAACAUCUUUAGCAAAAACCUCACCCAAAGUACCUGGGAUGGGAUUUCUAUAGUCAGGUUCCAAAAUAGACUUUACCAGCAAAUUCAGCAGCUGGAGGCGUGUUUGAAAGCACAGAUGGAGAAGGACUUAACCAACCCAGAAAGUGAGGACCUCCAGCACACCAGUUGGAGAGUGAAACAAUACUUUCAGGGGAUAGAUGCUUUCCUGAAAGAAAAGCAAUACAGCCUGUGUGCCUGGGAGAUCAUUCGCGUGGAAAUACCCAGAUGUUUUGUACUGACUGACAAACUCAACAGAAGCCUUAGUAACUAAGGUACAGUACCAAGCUUUUCCCUGUAGUUAAUGACCUAACAUUAGUAUAAUUUUUACAGCUGAACAGAGAUAGUGGAUAUUUUAUAUCAGAGGGGUAGCCGUGUUAGUCUGGAUCUGUAAAAAGCAACAAAGUACACAUAUGUGGAAUCCUCAGGCACCUCACCAGCACUCUGGUCAUCAGAUAAUGAUACUUUCCUCCCUCCCACACCACAAAGUACACUAACUUCGACAUAUGUAGUGUGUUUCUAUGAUUAUCAUCAUUGCUAUUAA